AUGCUUGCGGUGUCACCAUUGAGGAGCAUCAACAAAGAUGAAAACCAAGAAGGGAUGGAGAGUUUUUCCAUGGCGAGUACUUCAAUUACAACCGGCGAAUUCGGCGACGGAAAUUUAUUGGAAAGCGUUAACUUCGACAAUUUCUUUGUUGACAUCAACAUCAACGGAGACAUCUUGCCGGAUUUGGAUAUGGAUAUGGAUUCAGAGAUUUUUGCUGAGUUCUCUGUUAGUUACGGAGAUGAAUCGGAGAUAAACUUAUCCACUAUCAAGAUAGCGGAUGAAAAUAAUCCGUCUAAAGAAGAAGAUAAAAUAGGCGGUUUUCCGAGUCGGCAAGGUUCGGAGGAGUUAUUAAGCAAAAGAGAUGAAUCUGUUGAUGUGAAUCCAUUGCCGAAAAAUGGUGGAAAGGGAAGAAAAUCAUCGAAUCAAUCUAAGAAUCCUGAGGGUCAUGGAAAGAGAAAAGUCAAGGUGGAUUGGACACCAGAAUUGCAUAGGAGAUUUGUGCAAGCAGUGGAACAACUAGGAUUGGAUAAGGCGGUGCCUUCAAGGAUUUUGGAGAUUAUGGGAAUUGAUUGUCUCACUCGCCAUAACAUUGCCAGCCACCUUCAGAAAUAUAGGUCCCAUAGAAAACAUGUGUUAGCGCGUGAAGCAGAAGCAGCAAACUGGAAUCAAAGAAGACAUGUGUAUGGUGUAGUAGGAGGGAAGAGAGAAGUUAUCAGUUCAUGGCCAACUCCUGCAGCAGUACCCGCCAUGGGUUUUCCUCCUCCUCCUCCUCCUCCCAUGAUUCCAUUGCACCAUGUUAGACCCUUACAUGUUUGGGGACAUCCUUCAAUGGAUCAGUCAUUCAUGCACACGUGGCCGCAGCUGCAGCCGCAACCGUGGCCACCAGCACCACCUCAAGACCCUUCAUUUUGGCAUUCUCAACACCAACAGAGAUCUUUUGGACGUCAACUCCCCAGCAUCCCACCGCAUGGUAUGUACGAAGCAGAUCACACCAUUGCCACCGCCGGUCCUGCUUCUGGUCCCGAUCUCUUCUUCGACUUUCAUCCGUCAAACGAGAGCAUAGAUGCAGCUAUUGGAGACGUUUUAUCAAAACCAUGGUUGCCGCUACCACUUGGACUUAAGGCUCCAGCACAUGACAGCGUAAUGAGUGAAUUACAAAGACAAGGAAUUUCAAACAUUCCACCCCAUGAGCUUGAAACAAAAUAUUCUUAA